GACUUCACAAGGUACAGGUUUCCGGGCAGUGUAGAUAAGGUUGAAGACAUUUCCUUCUGUCCUACUUUCCGUUCCGUCUUUCGUACUCUCAUCAAAGUAGCGCAGAAUGUCGGCUCAAACUCCCGCAAAGACAGCUGUAGAUGGUCAGGUUGCGCCAAACAAGCCUUUGACGCCGGCGCAGACUGCAAAGCCAAUGAACUCAACUCCAAAGAAAGCUGGGACGCCCGCCAAAAAGCAGGCAGAGACAACAGCCCCCACGCCUGACAAUGCCGCCGCGAACGCACAGGAGGCAACGAUGAAGGCGCUCGAGAAGCUCGAAGUGAAAACGAAAGCAAUUAAUAUCAACAAUGUCUCCCGCGUGGCUAACAGCCACGUCAACUCCGACGAAGACAAAUUGCAGCCAUUACGUUCGCUAAAGACGGGUCAACCACUCGACAAGUUUCCUGCAACCUCCAAGGAGAUCAAGAAGCUGGGCUUGACAACGGUAGAUGCGAUGCUCAAUGCCCUUGAGGCUGACCGAACCGGUACCGAGGAAGCGAAGCGUGACAGGCUCAGACUGCAGAUCGGAUUGAAGCCAAAUCCUGCAUGAAGCAAUUCAAUGAUUCAGUAUAUAUGCUGCAGUAAUAAUAAUGUUUGAUCUUCUAGCCCAAGAGGCAGCGGAUGACGUGACAUGUCCGUGGUUGAGGGCCUUCGAAGGCUGGGAGUCUCCGACACAAAACCGACCG